AUGAUUCCGCCGCAGAGUUCGCUGGUGAAGUACAACAACCCGAUCCUUGUGAGCUCUAGCAAGGACAAGGCUCUGCUCAAGGGCAAGAAGCCUGCCAAGUUCGGCAACCAAGCUCCGAACGGCGAUGCCAACGGGUCGGGGGCUCCACCAGCGCCCAAGCCGACGGUUUUCACGGGCAGCAACACGCAGAGCGGGAACCCGACGGAGGACAUCCUGAACUCGAUCCUGCCGCCGAAAGAGUGGACCGAGGACGGGCAGCUCUGGGUGCAGUACGUGUCGAGCACGCCAGCCACGCGCCUGGAUGUCGUAAACCUGCAGGAGCAGCUGGACCUGAGACUGCAGCAGCGGCAGGCGAGGGAGACCGGCAUCUGCCCCGUCAGAGAGGAACUAUACGCGCAGUGCUUCGACGAAUUGAUCCGUCAGAUCACGAUCAACUGCUCGGAGCGUGGGCUGCUGCUGCUUCGGGUGCGUGAUGAGGCGCGCAUGACGAUUGCCGCGUACCAGACGCUGUACGAGUCCAGCAUUGCCUUCGGAAUGCGCAAGGCGCUCAUGGCGGAGCAGAAGAAAAUGGAGGCGGAGCAGCAGAUCCGCACCCUCGAGGGCGAGCUGCGUGACCUGACGUCGCAGAUUGAAGAGCUCAGUACACGAUGCGAAGCGGUAGCGCGACGUGAAGAGGAAAAGAAGGCGCAGGACGAGAAGAAGCACCAGGAAGAGGUGGAGCUGCUGCGAAAGAACAACGACCAGCUGAAGGCCAGUCUCGAGAGCAUGCUUGCCGCCCCCAAGUAG